AGAGCAGAGUGGUGGGAGACGCACGUCAGCCUCUGUCCAUCUCUUCUCCUCCACCACUAGCUGCUCUGCUUCCUCCUCCAUAUCCUCCUCCGGCGAGCCCCACGCCUCGCUCGCCGGAUGUCGGUGGACCCCGAUGCUGACCCCCUCCGCCGGCACACCGCCGCCUCCUCCUCCCUUCUCCCUCUCUAGCCCCCUCCCCACCUCCUUCCUCCCUUCCCUAUCCCCUCUCCCCCACCGCCGUCGCCGACGAUGCCUCCCCGUCCCCAAAGCCGGCGCCUUUCCGCCCCGGCGCGCGGCAGCCCCGCUCUCCUCCAACAAUCUCCCCGCCCCCGAGCAGACCCCACCACCCACCACCUCCACCUCCGCCCCCGCCUCCCCCGCGCGCCCCUCCACGGCCUUCGCCGCGGGGGGCUACCGCGCCGCCGGGCCAAGCGAGGACCCGCUGGUGUCCAAGCUGCGGACCCAGCUGGGCGUCAUCCACCCGCUGCCCGCCCCGCCGCCGCUCUCUUCCCUCCCCCGCUCCGUGCUCGGCCUCUUCGCGCUCUUCUUCUUCGUGGGCGCGGCCUUCGACAAGCUGCUCACGCUCCGCCGGCGCCGCCGCGCCGAGCGCGAGGUGAGGGUCAACGGGUCCUGGCCGCAGGUGCCCACCUCCGGCUUCUCGCUCUUCCUCGAGGAGAAGGACCUGCAGCGCAAGGAGUCGGUGGAGUGGGUCAACAUGGUGCUCGGCAAGCUCUGGAAGGUCUACCGCCCCGGCAUCGAGGGCUGGAUUGUCGGCCUGCUCCAGCCCGUCAUCGACAACCUCCAGAAGCCGGAUUACGUCAACCGCGUCGAGAUCAGGCAGUUCCACCUUGGCGAGGAGCCGCUCUCCGUCAGGAACGUCGAGCGCCGGACCUCCCGCCGGGCCAACGACCUGCAGUACCAAAUUGGCAUCCGUUAUGCUGGCGAUGCACGCAUGGCAUUGGCCCUCUCCUUAAAGUUCAGUGCCGUGCCAAUCGUCGUGCCGGUCUGGGUUCGAGAUUUUGAUAUCGACGGGGAGCUGUGGGUUAAGUUGAGGCUUAUUCCGACAGAACCAUGGGUGGGAGCUGUGUCUUGGGCAUUUGUGUCGCUUCCGAAGAUAAAGUUUGAGCUGUCGCUGUUCCGGCUUUUCAAUCUUAUGGCAAUUCCUGUUCUGUCAAUAUUUCUCACGAAACUUCUAACGGAAGAUCUGCCACGUCUCUUUGUCCGGCCCAAAAAGAUUGUCCUUGAUUUUGAGAAGGGGAGAGCUAUGGGACCUGUUGCAGGAGAUGUUGCAAGCGAUAUAAUUCAGAAUGUUGCAAGCGGUAUAAUGCAAGGAGUUGCAAGUGACUUAGUUCAAGAUGUUCAAGAUGGAAAUAAGGACUUUGUCGGAGAGCUAUCAGUGACACUAGUUGAUGCUAGGAAGCUUAGCUUUGUCUUGUUCGGGAAGACAGACCCAUACGUUGCCAUGAUUCUUGGUGAUCAAGUUAUAAAGAGCAAGAAGAACAGCCAAACAACUGUGACUGGCCUGCCUGAAGAACCAAUUUGGAAUCAAGAUUUUCAUAUGCUAGUCGUAAACCCUCGCAAACAAAAGUUGUGUAUUGAAGUGAAGGAUACGGUUGGUUUCACCGACAUCACUAUUGGCACUGGAGAGGUUGAUCUGAGCUCACUGAAAGACACAGUACCCACUGACAAGAUCGUCACAUUAUAUGGAGGGUGGGGCUUCUUCGGAAAGCGGUCAUCCGGUGAGGUCCUCCUCCGGCUCACAUACAAAGCGUACGUCGAGGACGAAGAAGACGAGACGGUCAAAACCGAGUACGCCACGGGCUACAUUUCGGAUGAGGACACGCUAGACUUUGUCCAGCUCAAUGGCACCAGGCAGGGCGAUUUCAAUGGCAACGAGAGGGAGACCUUCAUGGACCUGCUGGCCGCGCUGCUCGUGAGCGAGGAGUUCCAGGGCAUUGUGUCGUCGGCUGAGACCAAGAGCUCGAGUGACGCCGAGAAGGCCGAGGAACCAAAACCCGGUGACGACGUCACAGCCGCCAGUGUUGCCGUAGACGCGGGCCCAGUGUCCAGUAACCCCGAAGAUAGGGCCCUGGUCUGGCUUGCUGCCAUAACCAGCGUGACGCUGCUUGUCUCCUCCAACAUUGGUGGCUCCGGUUACUUUAACCCAUAGGAUGGUUACCUUCUGAUCAGACUUGAUCCACCGAAGAUGCAUCCACCCUUUUGCGAUUUUCGCACUCGUUCGACCGAUGAGAAAUUUUUGCAUCGCUUUGACAAUUGUAUAUUCCUUGUUGUAGCAGCGUAAUCAGAAAAUGGCAUGGCUUUUUGGAGGUUACUGUUUUCGUUCUUUUCUGUAUGUAUAUCUUUCUUUUUCUGUAUGGAAGAAAGGGACCAUCCGUAUUAUUGUUUAUCAAUAAGAAGUAAUUAGUUUAAUGGA